ACGUUCUUGAGGUUACAGGGAAACCAGCUGAUGGCACUGCCACCUCAAGAGAAGUGGACCUGCAGACAACUCAAAACCCUGGAUCUCUCCAGAAACCAAUUUGGCAAAAAUGAAGACGGACUUAAAACAAAGCGUAUUUCCUUUUUCACCACCAGAGGGCGCCAGCGCUCAGGGACCGAGACAGCAUGUGUACUGGAAUUCCCGGCCUUCCUAAGCGAGUCUUUAGAAGUCCUGUGUCUGAACGACAAUCAUCUGGACACAGUGCCUCCCUCGGUUUGCCUGCUGAAAAGCUUAUCAGAACUCUACUUGGGGAACAAUUCCAGCCUCCGAGAGCUCCCUCCUGAGCUGGGGCAGCUAGGCAACCUCUGGCAGCUGGACACUGAGGACUUGAACAUCAGCAACGUGCCUGCAGAGAUCAGAAAAGAAGGCCCGAAAGCCAUGUUGUCUUACCUGCGUGCUCAGCUGCGGAAAGCGGAGCGGUGUAAGCUGAUGAAGAUGGUCAUUGUGGGUCCCCCGCGCCAGGGCAAGUCCUCCGUCCUGGAGGUCCUACAGACGGGCAGGGCCCCCCAGGCGAUGCACGGCGAGGCCACCAUCAGGACCACCACGUGGGAGCUCCAGAGGCCAGCUGGCUCGAAAGCCAAGGUUGAUUCCGUGGAAUUCAACGUCUGGGACAUCGGUGGCCCUGCCAGCAUGGCCACUGUCAACCAGUGCUUCUUCACGGACAAAGCCCUGUACGUGGUGGUCUGGAACCUGGCGCUGGGGGAGGAGGCUGUGGCCAGCCUGCAGUUCUGGCUGCUGAACAUUGAGGCCAAGGCCCCAAACGCCGUGGUGUUGGUGGUCGGGACACACCUGGACUUGAUCGAAAGCAAAUUCCGCGUGGAGAGAAUCGCCACACUGAGAGCCUACGUGCUGGCCCUCUGCCGCUCGCCCUCCGGGUCCAGGGCCACCGGCUUCCCGGACAUCACUUUCAAACACUUACACGAGAUUUCCUGUAAGAGCCUGGAAGGCCAGGAGGGGCUGCGACAGCUGAUUUUCCACGUCACGUGCAGCAUGAAGGACGUGGGCAGCACCAUCGGCUGCCAGCGCCUCGCUGGGAGGCUGGUCCCCAGGAGCUACCUGAGCCUCCAGGAGGCCGUGCUGGCAGAGCAGCAGCGACGCAGCCUGAGUGACGACGUGCAGUACCUGACAGACAGGCAGCUGGAGCGGCUGGUGGAGCAGACCCCCAACAAUGACAUCGCAGACUUUGAGGACCUGCAGUCUGCCAUCAGCUUCCUCAUAGAAACUGGCACCCUGCUCCACUUCCCGGACACCAGCCGCGGCCUGAGGAACCUCUACUUCCUGGACCCCAUCUGGCUGUCGGAAUGUCUGCACAGAAUCUUCAACAUCAAAGGCUCCCGCUCGGUGGCCAAGAAUGGGGUGAUCCGGGCGGAGGACCUCAGGAUGCUGCUGGUUGGGACCGGCUUCACGCAGCAGACGGAAGAACAGUACUUCCAGUUCCUGGCCAAGUUUGAGAUCGCCCUGCCAGUGGCCAACGACAGCUACCUUCUGCCACAUCUCCUCCCAUCCAAACCUGGCCUGGACACUCACAGCAUGCGGUACCCCACGGCCAACACCAUUCAGCGGGUGUUUAAGAUGAGCUUCGUUCCUGUCGGCUUCUGGCAAAGGUUCAUAGCUCGGAUGCUGAUCAGCCUGGCGGAGAUGGACCUCCAGCUUUUCGAAACCAAGAAGAAUACUAAGAACAGGCAUAGGAAAGUCACCAUCUACAGUUUUGCAGGAAACCAGAGAAAUCGCUGCAGCACGUUCCGAGUAAAAAGAAAUCAGACCAUCUACUGGCAGGAAGGCCUCCUGGUCACUUUUGAUGGGGGCUACCUCAGUGUGGAAUCCUCGGACGUGAACUGGAAAAAGAAAAAAAGCGGAGGAAUAAAAAUCAUUUGCCAAUCAGAAAUGAGGGACUUCUCGGCAAUGGCUUUUAUCACAGACCAUGUCAAUUCCUUGAUCGAUCAGUGGUUUCCCGCCCUGACGGCCACGGAGAGCGAUGGGACCCCACUCAUGGAACAGUAUGUGCCCUGCCCAGUCUGCGAGACCUCCUGGGCCCAGCAUACCGCCGACCCUGGUGACAAAUCAGAAGUUGUGCAGUACUUCGACAUGGAAGACUGCGUGCUGACGGCCAUUGAGCAGGAAUUCAUCACCUGCCCCAGGCACCCUGACCUCCCCGUGCCUCUGCAGGAGCUGGUCCCCGAGUUGUUCAUGACUGACUUCCCAGCCAGGCUCUUCCUGGAGAACAGCAAGCUGGAGCACAGCGAGGACGAGAGCAGCGUCCUGGGCCAAGGCGGGAGCGGGACCAUCAUCUACCGGGCCCGGUACCAAGGCCAGCCUGUGGCUGUGAAGCGAUUCCACAUCAAGAAAUUCAAGAACUUCGCUAAUGUCCCAGCAGACACCAUGCUGCGGCACCUGCGGGCCACGGAUGCCAUGAAGAACUUCUCAGAGUUCCGGCAGGAGGCCAGCAUGCUGCACGCGCUGCAGCACCCCUGCAUCGUGUCCCUCAUCGGCAUUAGCAUUCAUCCCCUCUGCUUCGCCCUGGAGCUGGCCCCGCUGGGCAGCCUCAACACCGUGCUGUCCGAGAACGCCAAAGGUUCUUCCUUUAUGCCCCUGGGACACAUGCUCACUCAGAAAAUCGCCUACCAGAUUGCCUCUGGCCUGGCCUACCUGCACAAGAAAAAUAUCAUCUUCUGUGACCUAAAGUCGGACAACAUUCUGGUCUGGUCCCUCGACGUCAAGGAGCAUGUGAACAUCAAGCUGUCAGACUACGGGAUUUCGAGGCAGUCCUUCCAUGAGGGUGCCCUGGGUGUGGAGGGCACUCCUGGCUACCAGGCCCCGGAGAUCAGGCCUCGCAUCGUGUAUGAUGAGAAGGUAGACAUGUUCUCCUACGGCAUGGUGCUCUACGAGCUGCUGUCGGGACAGCGGCCCGUGCUGGGCCACCACCAGCUGCAGAUUGCCAAGAAGCUGUCCAAGGGCAUCCGCCCGAUCCUGGGGCAGCCAGAGGAAGUGCAGUUCCAUCGGCUGCAGGCACUCAUGAUGGAAUGCUGGGACACGAAGCCCGAGAAGCGACCGCUGGCCCUGUCGGUGGUGAGCCAGAUGAAGGACCCCACCUUCGCCACAUUCAUGUACCAGCUGCCAUGCGGGAGGCAGACAGCCUUCUUCUCGUCCCCGGGCCAGGAGUACACGGUGGUGUUCUGGGAUGGGAAAGAGGAAUCCAGGAACUACACAGUGGUGAACACAGAGAAGGGCCUUCUGGAAGUCCAGCGAGUGAGCUGCGCAGGAAUGAGGCUGAGCUGCCAGCUCAAAGUCCAGAGCUCUCUGUGGACGGCCACCGAGGAUCAAAAGAUCUACAUAUACAGUCUCAAGGGCAUGUGUCCCUUAAACAUCCCCCAGCGGGCUCUGGACACCCCGGCUGUCGUCACCUGCUUCUUGGCAGUUCCUGUUUUAAAAAAGCAGAAUUCCUACCUGGUACUGGCGGGCCUUGCUGACGGGCUUGUGGCCGUGUUUCCUGUGGUGCGGGGCGCCCCAGAGGACAGCUGCUCCUACCUGUGCUCACACACAGCCAACAGGUCCAAGUUUAACAUCCCAGAUGACGACGUGCGGCAGAACCCGUACCCCGUGAGGACCAUGGAAGUGGUCAACAGUGGGUCUGAGGUCUGGUACAGCAACGGGCCGGGCCUGCUGGUCAUAGACUGUGCGACUCUGGAGAUCAGCAGGCGGCUGGAGCCUUACUCGGCCCCGUCGGUGGUCACGUCCCUCGUGUGCAGCUCUGAGUGCAGGGGCGAGGAGGUGGUCUGGGGCCUGGACGACAGGGCCAACUCCUUGGUGAUGUACCAUUCGGCCACCUACCAGCUGUGUGCCCGGUACUUCUGCGGAGACCCCAACCCCCUCAGGGACAUGUUUCCCGUGCUCCCGUUGGGCCUGGAGACCCCAGACAGCCGCAUGGCCAGCCCACAGAAGCCCGAACGCGAAGCCAUCGCAGACGUGAGCAUCAUGUACAGCAAGGAGCUGGGCACGCAGAUCCUGAACCACCAGGACUCUCUGACUGACUACUGCUCCAUGUCCUCCUACUCCUCGUCCCCACCCCACCGGUCCCUCCUGUCCCCCUCAAGCCUGCCCUGCUCCCCCAUAAGCUCUUCCAGCGUGCCCUUCUCCACCGACGGCGAGGACUCGGACAGGCUGCGCGAGCCCGCGGCGGGCUCCGACAGGUCCGAGCACGAGCUGAGCCCCGUGGACGGGGAGGCUUUCAGCCAGCACCUGCAGGCCGUGAAGGUCCUCGCGGUGAAAGACGUCAUCUGGGUCCCCAGGCGUGGUGGAGAUGUUCUCGUCAUCGGUCUGGAGAAGGACGCAGGUGCCCAGCGGGGCCGCAUCAUCGCUGUCUUGAAAGCCCGAGAACUGACUCCGUGGGGGGUGCUUGUGGACGCAGCUGUGGUGGCAAAGGAUACAAUUGUGUGCAGCUUUGAAAACGAAAACAUGGAGUGGUGCCUGGCUGUCUGGAGGGGCUGGGGCACCAGGGAGUUUGACAUUUUCUACCAGUCCUACGAGGAGCUGGGCCGGCUGGAGGCUUGCACGCGAAAAAGGAGGUAAUUCCUGUGGAAUGGUCCUCACCUGGACCUGGCUGGCCCAGGCCAGUAGCCUGACCCCUCCACCUGCAGCCUGCAGCCCUCAGAGGACCCAGAAGGUGGACUGAGUUCUUCUGUGAACCACUUGCUGCUAAGAAGUGCUGGCAGUGGUUUGGGGGUUCUCGGGUUCUCCAGGGUAGAGUUACCUGGAUACCCCUUCCUUCCCCCACAUUGCUGCUUUUACAGCCCAAAGGAAGACGGUGGGUCAGACGAAAGGAACUCUUCCUGCCUCCUCUAUCCACUUCCAGGAGCAGGGGAGUGGGACCCCGUGCUGGGCUGGGGCGUAGCGGAAGGCUGGGCCUUCCCAGCACACAGACGGGGCCUGCCCAUUUUCCUCCCCAGGUCUGGGAUGGAAUGACACUAGAGACUCUCUCUGUUGGGAAGUCAUUUGGGACAGGCAGGGAGAAGGGCCGUGACCCCCUACCCCUUCCCCCGGUGGCCCCCAGAUUCUCAGCACGUUUCUCAAGCUUUUGAGUUCCCGGGGCCCAACUCGGGGCCGCCUUGGUGUGAGAAACCCCCAGAAGGACCCUUGGCGAGGAGCGUUGCCCAGUCUGGGGAAUGAAUGAGCCCCUUUAAGUGACACAGCCGGAGAGCCAAAGCCCUGCACUGAGAGUGCUGACUCAGCCUCUCCAUUCUCCUUCUGCUGACAAAAGGAAGGCGACAAUCAGCAGGACUUAAGAAAGGGCCUUGUGUUUAUAGCUUUGUAAAAUAAACUUGGAUGCAGCUGGGCACAAGCCCUGUUUGUUUGCACAUAGUAAUCUUGUUUAUCGCUUUCACAAAUUAAUUAAAAUCUCAGCGGCGAGGCCUCUGGUUGCGCAAUCCACAUCCUAUGGGCUUCCACCAGUUAUGUGUUUGCUAAACGUCGACUGCACAUAUGUGCCGCAGAAUCCAGGAAGUGAAAUUAACUGGAGAUUUAUGGCUCUCCCCUCAAGAGUGUUUAUAAAUUAGGCACCCACACACAUGCACGCAUAGCCACAGGGCGAGCAGGGGGGCUGCUCAACCCAGAAGGGGAGAUCAUACGCCCGUUCACGUUGUUGACCUUUUUCUAAAAUUAAAUUAUAAAAAUCAAACUGAAGAUUUGCUGGGGUGUGCGAGCAAAUGUGACUCUUCUUAUCUGAAAAUAAACAGACUCUCAAGAAUGAAAUCAUGGCCUUGGAAUAACAGCGCAGGCUCUGUCCCACCCAGACCCACUGACUGCCCGGGGCGGAACGGGCGGCCCCAUGCGGGGUGCCCCACAGCAGCAUCCACGGACAGACACAGCUGCUCUCUCAGUCUUCCCGCUUCUUCAUACUGGCCUGGGCGCUGAGUCCUAAGGGGGCUGAGGGUCUGUGCCUCCUGCCCACUUCACCGCCACUCCCCUGCCCUGGUCCCUCAUCAGGGCCUUGCUAAUCACACCUCUCCUCCUCCUCUCAUCCCAGCACCCCACAGCUACCCAGUGAACCCCCAAAGACAAACAGGAUCCUUUUCCUCCCCUGCCCCAAAUCUGCUCUCCACAUCACCUGCCGUCAGACUGCUCUGUCGAUAGGGCCCCCAUGAUCCAGUCCCAGCUCACCUUUUCACCUGGCUCUUCCUGUCCCUCACCCCCCAGGCCCGCACGGCUGUGAAGAAAGGCUGUGGCCUCACCAAGCCAGCUUAGGGAACGUCUUCAUGAAAGUUACAAACCACACAGGAAAUGGUUAAUGAACUUGACUAUAUAAAAAUUAGAAACUUAAAUGGAAAAAUUAUCACACAGUCAACUGGGAAAAAAAAUAUUUGCAACAGAUGAGAGACCAAUAGCUCAUGUAUCUUGUAUACAAAGAGUUGGUGCCUGUCAAUGAGAAAGAAAACCCAAAAGGAGAAAAAGUAGACAUGAGCAAGCAACUGACUCCCCAAAUACAGGCCCAGCACACAAUCCAUGCUCAGCCUCACCCCACAGGAAGGAAGGAGUCAUGAAAACAGCAGUAAGUUACCAUUUACUACCCUCAGGCUGGCAAGGAUUAAAUUGGUCAGCAAGUAUUUCUUGAGCACCUACUAAGUGUCAGGCACUGUCCCUGGAUGCUGAUAACAUAACAGACAAGAAUCUCUGCUUUUAGGAGCCCCGUUCUAGUGGAGGAAGGUGACAGUGAACAUACAAAUGAGAUCAUCGUGCUAGGAGACCAUAAAGUCAGGACAUUGGGAGCUAAUGCAAAAGGGGCUGCUGCAUUGAACUGAGGCUGGGCAAGGCCUGCAGGAGGAGGUGCCACCUGAGGACAGGUGAAGAGAAGGAGGCAUGUGGAGACCUGAAGGACCCACAAGUGCAAAGGCCCUGUGGUAGGAAGGAGCUGCUGUGUUGGAGGGACCAAGGAAAGCCUGGUGUGGCUGGAGUGUUGUUCAGAAGCCCAAGCUCAGGGCCAGCUAGGCAUGGCCUCAUACACAUGGGUCUCUAUACUUCUGACAGUUUCAAAUAGGGGUAUUAGGCAAUCUGAUUGCCUUUAAAAAUCGCUUUGACUGCUGAAUGAAAGAUGGACUAAACAGGAGGUCAUCUACAUUGGGGCCACCCCUUGAAGGGCGUUCUGACUGCACCCAUCGAAAUUUCCAAGGCAUAUAUCGUUUGACCUAGCAGUUCCCCCUAAGUAUUUGAUCCUGAAAUAUCUGUCAAAAUGCCCAAAGACACAGAAAGAGGAUGUCACUGCUUUGUCACUUAUAAUGACCCCAAACAAGGAGACAACCUAAAUCUCUAUCGGGAGGGAAGUCAUUCGAUGCUUGUACAUCCUACAGCGCCACACUCUGAGGCCUUCAGAGAAGGGGGCCGUGCUAGUGGGCUGGUCUGAAAUGUUCUCCAAGGUAUAAUAAAUGCAUUGUUUUUCUGAAAA